GCCCGCGGGGCACUGGUUUCGGGGUUACGACCCCGCGCUCUUCGCCCCGAACUGCCCAUACUUUUUCCCCGUGUGUUCCAUCUCCAAACUCUCAUUUGUUUAAAAAAAAAAAAAAAUGAAAGAAAAGAGAAAAGCUAAGUUUGUUCAGGAAACAGCGCAGUUUAACCAGGAACAAGGGCUGAGCGUUGCCAAAAAACACGUGAGAAGGCCCUAGGUCAGGAGGGUGGAAGGGACGGGAGUCUACAGGGGCUUAUAGAAAGGUAAAACUUUAAAUUAUUAAACUUGCAUGUAAUCCCAAAAUCUUAUGUUAAUUUUAAAAUUAAUCUUUUCAUACACUUUGCUCAGGAAAUAAAUAGGGUCACAAAACCCAAAUGCGCAGGCAAUGACUGGAAUAAAUCGAUGUUGCGAAAGUACCUCUUUUUUCCUCUGACCAGCAGAAGGUGCUCUGUGACCGUGUUCACUAAUAUCACCGAGAUCUCAAAAUUUGUUGACAGCAUACUAGUUUUAAAAGGAUUUUUUUAAUCAACUGCAUCUACUAAUUAAAACUACUCAACUAACGUAAAAAUGGUCAUUUAGUAAAUAGAAGAUUAGGCCUUAAAAUUGCCACUGCCUAUUCACUUUUGCUUUAAAAAGCCAUCCAAGUGAAUAGGCAGUGGCACUUUGAAAGGAUUUAUCUUGAGUUACAAUUUUUAAAGGAUUGAGAACAGUUAAGACAACUUUUUUUUCUCAUUUCGGUUACAGCUAACGCAAUGUAUAUGCUUAAAAAAUUAGGCCAGCCAGGUAUUCAAACAUGUUCCGAUCCCAAAAAGGGUAGGAUAAAAGUCAAUGUGUUGUCAGCUCAGAGGUUGCCAGAAGUGGGCCUUGCGUCCCAAUGUAUUAAUCCAUACACUGUGACAGUCCUGAAGACACGUCCCUGAUGCUCAUGGCUCAGACAGAUGGACUACCGCCAUCGAUUAAUGUUUAUUUUCAGCAAAAUUGUUUUCUGCUAUUUAAAAGUCUUUGUUCUAGAUAGUCAUAUACUCUUCCUGACCCCCAUCCUUCAAUGGCAGAUUUUUUUAGAUCAAGAUUCUGAGUUUACACUCAGUGUUAUGAUGUAUAACAUCUAGUCACAGCUGAGCCAUGUAGGAAGCUAUGAUUACUUUUCUUUUCCUUUGUAACUUUUAGUUUUCCCUGAAUUAGAACUGUUGUGGUUGUUUGCUUGUUUAGUUUUCUAUGCAUUUAUCCCUAGUUCAACCUCAAACUCUUUUAUCGGUGUUCUAAAUCUCUAAUGAAGAUGUUCAGAUAAUGAAAUAUUUUAUCAGUUUCAUUAUUCUGUAGACUCUCCUAGAGCCUUUGAUUUUCUCUAAUAUGGGCUGUUGCUCUCCUGGCCGUCUCCUGAGAUCUCCCUUAACCAUUAUUAUUCUGGGAAUUCCCUUUAUCAGUGUCGAACUUCACGUUUAGUAUAUCCUGCAAUUUUUUUUUUCCCGGUUUACUACUUAAAGAGCACAUACUUAGGAGCUUCCUGAAGAAAAGUACAUGAGAUAUACUUUUUAAGGUUUUACAUGUCUGAAAAAGUUGUUUUUCUAUCCUCACACUUAAUCGAUAGUUUGGCUAAGUAUUGAAUUAUAUGUUGGAAAUAUUUUUUCAGACAUCUGAAAGCAUUAUUCCACUAACUUCUAGCUUCUUAAACUUACUUUCAGUGAGUCUUUCUUAUUUUAGCCCCCCUGGUCCAUCCCCACCUCCAGAGCUAUCUGGUGCCACCAAUUUCUGAGGUUUUUUUUGCAGAGAGGCUAGUGGAUUCUGUAGUAUAAAUCAGGUUGUUACUUGGCUCUCAUCAGUGCUAGCUUAGAAUUCAGUUGUUUCAGGUCUUUUAAAUUAUUUUCGAAUGUAUUUUAGCUGUUAUUUCUGUCUGUCCUUAUCCUCGUGAGUUUUUGCUUUUGGAAAAAAUCCUGUUAUUGUUUAGUUGAAUAUCAGUAAGGGGUAAAAUUAGUUAGAUACAUAGGCUCAAUUCACUGUCUUUUACAAAAGUCUUCCUGGUUAUAGUCUUUUUAAGAAUUUUAUGUUUGUGGUCACUGGUUUAAUAUGAUUAACUUUCCUUCCAUUCGUUUUACAGUUCCUGAUGAGCAUCUAUUAUCGCUGAAGUUUGUUUUUGGCUCAUCAGCCAUCCAGGCCUUGGACCUGGUUGAUCGACAGUCCAUCACCUUAAUCUCAUCACCCAGUGGGAGGCGUGUUUACCAGGUACUUGGAAGUUCUGGUAAAACAUACACAUGUUUGGCUUCUUGUCAUUACUGUUCAUGUCCUGCAUUUGCCUUCUCAGUCCUGGCCCGGCCAAUUUCUAAUGGGUUGGUGUGUUUUGUAUUCCAGUGCAAGCACCUCUUGGCAGUUUAUCUUAGUCAGGUAAUGAGGACCUGUCAGCAGCUAAGUGUCUCGGACAAGCAACUGACUGACAUAUUAUUGAUGGAGAAGAAACAAGAAGCAUAAAAGGCUCAUUCUUCAGAUGAUCAAAGACAACUACCUGUGCUUUUCAUUUCUGUGGAAACACUGCUGAGGCCAGGCUUGCCACCCUUCCAGGCACGCAGAGCAGUACAUACUGUGGCCUGAUCUGCAGAGGAGCUCCUAGUCACUGGGAAAUCUCACUGCCUUCUGUGAUCAACUCCAGGCCAAAGUCCCCAGGCAAGCCAGGGUGACUGGUAGCCCCUCUACCACCCUUCAGGAGGAGCCCUGUGUUCCCAUUCACAACCCUGAGUGCUCACAAACUCUGCCUUCAUCUCCCCUGCCCUGCAACUCUCAGGUGCUCCUGCAUGACCGUCCAGCUGGUUGGACUCUACCCUCAACCAGGGAACAGGACUCUAGGAACCCUUCAGAUUGGACUAUCCUGGUUCCCACCUGGUUCUAAGACAGCUCUUGAGGGCCUCACUGACCAGACUAGACCAGAACAGACCAGACCUCAGCCUCUGCCUAGGCAUGUGUGUACCCAGUGGAGAACUAAACUGCCCAGGAACAAAUUCCUGGGCUGGAGGUUCCCGUUAGCAUUUAUGGACAUGGGCUCAGCCACAGCCAAUUGCAGCACCUGCAGCUGGUUUAGUCAUUGCUCCAGGCUGGGAGGUGAAGUUGAGAUGAGUGUAUGCUAACAGUGGAGGGUAAAUAACAGAGCAACACCCAAGUCCCUCCUUCUGAGAGGGUCAGGUGACUUUUUCUCCAGUCCUCAGAGCAAUGUCCAUUAUGUAGGUAACAGGAUGGCCCCAGGACGGUGCAUGAGAGCCAGAAGCCAGGACUCGUGGGCCUUUCCCAAAGCAUCUGCAGCACUGUCCUUGGAUCAGCUCUCGCAUAUAGCACCUGCUGGCUUUCUGAGUGUCUCUCUGCCCCGUUUCUCCUCAAGCCUGUGAGAGAUCCUUUCAGAAGACGGUGUCCCUAUUUCCCCUCUUUUCUUCACCAAAAUUUACUGGACCAUCUUUUUUCUGACAUUUCAGGAGAAAGCUCUGCCGAUUACUGGGAUCUGCCAUCCCUCCCCAAGUCUUUUUUUGGAUAGUCCCCCCACAUUGUCCCAGCUUCCCCACAAUAACACACACUCUUCACCUAGUCACUCAUGUAUUGAUCCAAAAUGAGGAUCCCUACCCAUGCCUGACAUCAUGCCAUUGGGUCCUAGACUCUAAGACCAAGCCCCUCCCCUCAUAGUGUUCAUGCUCUGGUGGAGAGAGACCAUAACAUAGUAAAGACAUGAUUUAAUGAUAGAGUCAGUGGUAAAAUAAAUGUGGAGACUGAGAGAAGCCUCUUCGCUGAGAGAAGUGGGGAAAGGCAGUACAAAGACUGUGGUUGGGGAAAGAACGUAAACCAGCAUGGCUGUUCUUUGGUGAGUAAGAUAGGGAGGGGUAUAAGCUGGGGUAGACAGAAGCUGGAUCAUGCAGGGCCUUGAGACCAGGGCGGGACAUUCAUAUUUUACUCUAAGUGCCACUGCACAACUUUAAGCAGGGGAAUGGUAUGAUCUGAGUUUCCAAUACUCUCAGGUAGCUGUGUGGAGAAUGGUUAUGAGGGAGUAGGAGGAGAUGAGGUGCGGGGCCCAUGGUGGGAGCUGUCGAGAGCUGCUAAGAGGACAUGAGCAAUGACAUCCAAGAAGUGACCAUUAGAUUUGACAAAAAAGGGGGCAUGCAAGAGUGACCUGAUAGGAGCUAUUCAGUGACACUAUGGUGACAACGGAAGUGGAGGCAGUGAAACUAGAUGACUUGUUGGAAAAAUUUACUGUGGAGAAAAAGGAUGAACCAGUAAGUGGACAGAGUAUGCAGUUGAUGGAGAGUUGAUAUAAGCAUAUCCAUAUAUUAAUGGUGGUUUCCUGGGGCUACUGUAACAAAGUGUCACAAACUUGGUGGUUUAAAAUAUUUAUACUCUCAUAGUUCUGGAAGCCAGAAGCUGGAAAUCAAGGUGUCGGCAGGGCCAUGCUCCCUCCAGAAGCUCUAGGGGAGAAUCCAUUCCAUGCUUUUUCCAGCCUCUGGUGGCUGCCCCAGCAUUCCUUGGCUGUGGCCACAUCACUCCAGUCUCUCCAUCUCUGCACAGCCUCCUCCUUUCUCUUUGCAUGUUUAUUUUAUAAGGAUAUGAUUGUAUUUAGGGGCUACCAUUUAAUCCAGGAUAAGCUCUUCUUCUCAAGAUCCAUAUAAGGAAAUAGUCAUUCCUUUCCCAUAAGGUAAUAUUCAAACAUUCUGGCAAUUAGAACAUGGAUAUCUUUGCGGGGAGGUGGGGGUUUGGGGAGGGGAUACCAUUCAACCCAUUACAACGGGAACGAUCUAGAAGAGAAAGAUAACACUGAUAUGGAAGAAGGGAGAACCCCAGGAGAGGAGUCUUUGGAAAAGUUGGAGGGACAGGACCCACAGCUGAAAAUUUUCCUUCCUAGCUUUAUUUCAAAACAACAUUAAAGGUGAAUUUGAUCAUAUGGGAAUUGUAGCUCAAUAAAAAAUAAAAAAAUAAAAAAGGAAAGAAAAAAGA